AAUGUGAUUUUGAAUGCCUAUGAUCAUACAUUGUCCAUAAGCGCGGAGGAGUUGGUAUUCAAGCAACGAGUGCGGAGAUGGUUCGAGAAAGCCGCUCAUCCACAGCUCAUCUCACCCACCUCGUCCCAGGAGUCAAAACUCCGUACGCAACCUACCUACCAGUUGGCACCUUUGUCUGUCCGUUGGAAUGCCGUUCUCAAAAUUGGUGAGGAAAUAGAGAUGAUCGGUCCGGGGAAGCACGGGAUUCCAAUGAACUGUUGGCAUAGUCAGAAGGAGAAUGGUCCGAAGGAUGAGAGACUGGCGGAUAAGUUGAGGUUUUUCAACAAAACCACCGGGGUGUUCCGUCUGGUGAAAGAGAAGGCUGACUAUGAGGACUCCGGAAUAUAUGCCUGUUCCGCCAAACACGAUGGCGGAUUCGAACCACGUGAAUUAUAUGUGAUGCCAGACGAAAGCAUGGUGUACAUGCAGCUGAAUCACAAACCACUAGAAAAAGAUCAAGAAUUCCGCCCUGAUUAUAAUCAAUGUGCGUUGGGUAGGGUUCCUGUGAUAUAUUCCAAUCAGAAUGCGAGUGUACGCUGUGUGUACGCGGUUUCGCCGUUCUGGAAAAUGGAACCAGUCGUUUCAUUGACUUACCAUGUAUUCGACUCGUCUUCGUGGCAAAAUCGCACGUACCCGUCAUUUCUGGAGACCGACUACUUGAGAUUCCAGGAUGGCCGACUACAGAGGGUACGUGCGUUCACAAUAAUUGCUCCAGAGGCGCAUCUGAGUGUGGGGGCGGUGUUCAUCACUUGCAACUUUGACUACACUAAAAUGAGUCGAAUGACACGAGACAUUCGAGGGAGAAGCGAACCACUGUCUCUGAGGCGAACAAAACGCCUCAUUUACAAAACGUUUAUUGCUCCCACAAUAUUCGACGAACAUUUGGAGGCAAGCAAACCACAUCUGUUUGACAACUUUUAUCACCAGGGGCAACCCCGGUGGAUGGCUUCGGAUUUUCACAGAACCGGAUCAAGAAAGCGUUUGAACGAAGACCACUUCACAAUCUCCAUGAGACUUCACAUGGGCAUCCCGGUUGGUAAGACCGAAAUAUGGAUGUUCUACAAGCAGGGCCAGUAUAAACCCCAGCAUUGUGUUCUACAACAGCUAGUGAUGUUGAGUGCGGCAGACUUGUCAAAUGAGAUCAAAAUCCACAAUUCUUUCAUUAUAGGCAAAGGACAGGGGUUCGCUAAGUUGACGUAUUCGUGUAGCGUUCGGCCAGAGCAUGCAGCGCUUGUGAUAGCCAGUUAUUCCGUCAUCGAUGAGAAUGAGACAGUGGUAUCAGAAUCUCUGAAGUCAGAGUUCCAUACCAAUAUCCAAUUCUGGCUCCAGAAUCCGAAAGACCAAAUCGGAAGGAGCAUUAGUUCUUCCAAUAAUGUUCGCCUGGCCUACAGGGUUCAAAAGUUACAGAUCGGUUGGAAGGGUUCGGUAAAUCAAGGGGAUUCGUGGCGGAUAUUGAUGGCUCACGAAAAGUUCACACAAGUUGGACCAAUCCUAACGCCCAUGCAUUUUGUUUGCGAACACACACCGAUUGGAAGCAACAAAUCCAAGGAGAUUUUUCGCGAAUUCACCGCUAAACUACUCUACUUUAUUCCG